AUGUUGCUGUAUUUUCUCUCAGCAGGGUCUGAGAAGCAGCAGAAGAAGAAGAAGAAGAAGAAGAAGAGUGACGAAGUACGCAUCAUACUGGUCGGCAAGACAGGUGCAGGGAAGAGCGCAGCAGGAAACACCAUCAUAGGAAGAGAGGAGUUUGAGUCAGAACUCUCUUCUGCUUCAUGGACAUUUCAAUGCAAGAAAGCUGAGGUAGAGGUCAGAGGCCGAAACGUUGCCGUCAUCGACACUCCAGGUCUGUUUGACACCAAUGAUACCCAAGAAGAAGUGUUGAAAAAGAUAAAGAUGUGUAUUAAUCUGUCUGCUCCUGGUCCUCACAUCUUCCUGGUGGUUCUCAAACUGGGUAGGUUCACCAAGGAGGAGGAAGACACUGUGAGAAUGAUUCAAAGCAUUUUUGGCAAAGACGCAGCUAAAUACUCGAUAGUUUUGUUCACACACGGAGACAAACUUAAGAGACAAACUAUCGAGGACUUUAUCGAAAAGAGUGACAAACUCAAAGAAUUCAUUCAGUCUUUCAGCGGGCAAUAUCACGUCUUCAACAACCAAGUGAGGGAUCAGGAACAGACCCAUAGGCUCCUGGAGAAAAUUGACGAAAUUACUCUUGAGAAUGGAGGGAAGCAUUACACCGUAAAGAUGUUCAGAAGAGCAAAGAAGGCCUCAAAGAAGGAGGAACGAAGACUUUCAAAGGAGAUGGAGGCAGAAGAGAAGCGAAGGAGGAGAGACCUGAGGGCUGAAGUUGAAAGAGAAAUGGGAGGGCCAAUGCCAUAUGACAGAGACAGUAAAUGUGUUCUGCAGUAG